AUGAGUGUUCGCGAAACUGAAAUGACUCUUUUGCAACGUUUAGGACAAUUCGAGAUUCGUAAUGAACCUCCGAAAAGGCUAUUCCCUCUAUUAAAGCUACCCAGAGUUGUACUAGUCGAAUGUAUCGAAAAUUUGGAUGUUUUGGAAAUAAUCAUCUUCUCUAUCCUCUCAAAACGUGCCAAAUCAAUUGCUAAAUUCAUUCGUUGGAAUCCAUUGGAAAUUAGUUUGGGAUUCAUACCUUUCACUGAUAUUCGCUUGAGAUCUCCCAGUGAUCGAAAUCAACAUUGGAAAAUUGAUGAUGAGAACAUAUACCGGCAACCACAGGUACCAUCCGUAUGUGAUCUAAUCCGAGACGAUGGGACGAUUGGAUCUGUAUUCUACGGCUACAGAGAGAAAAUCCACGAUGAAUGGAUAUGCAAGCUACCGGAGUUACAAUUUGUACAUAAUCUAAUCCGAGACGAUGGGAUGAUUGGAUCUAUAUUCUACAACUACAGAGCUUUCAUGUUUCAAGUCUGGCGUAGACAAGUUUAG